AUGGCCAUAAUGGAUUGGUUUUGGCGUCCAAAAACCUCACCAAACACGACAAUGAUCUCAGAAAUACGAGCUCCUUCUGUGUCUGUAACCUCGGCAACCCCGGACAUGCAGGCAUCAGAACCCUCGCUCAGAACGGAGGAGGUCCAACCAGUCAUAACACGAGUUGCAAAUUGCACAUUCUGCAAUAUAAUUGAACGGAAAAUACCAGCGGAAAUUGUCUUUGAGAACGACGAACUCAUGGCCUUCCGAGACAUCAGCCCGUCAGCACAACAGCACCUGCUCAUAGUGCCCAAAACCCACAUAGGCAACAUAUCGCACUUGGGAUGUAAAGAUGCGCCACUACUGGAACGUAUGGAGCACGUCGGAGAACAGCUCUUGUCACGCUUCGAACAAAAGCGAUUUGGAUUCCAUUCUCCACCAUUUUAUACCGUCGACCAUCUCCACUUACAUGCACUCGGACUGCCAUUCAUAAAUCGAUUCCGGGCCGCGAAGUACAUGGAGGGCUCCAGAUGGUUUAUUACCAAUGAAAUUAUGGUUGAAAGUUUGAGAAAGCUGGGACCAAAUAGGACGUGGACUUAUCAGAUUUUGUUAAAGCAGCAGAAGGGUGGUGUGUAA